AACUAGCUGAAAGAUUAAGAGUUCAUUGAAAUGAUGUAACCCUUGUCAAUAAUUUUUUAUCAAAUGAUAGAAAUGUAUAAAUUUAAAGAAAACAAGUUCAAACGACUAGUCCAACUGCCGCUCCAACAUGACGAAGCAACUUCCCUUAUUGAUCUUACUUUUGGUAACAACAUGGACACUUUGCGAAGGGGGCUCUUGGAGCCGCUCUUGGUAUCGCGCUUCGAGCACAGGCUCUCAACGUCAACCCGUCCAAAGCGCUUCAUGGUCUAAGUCCUGGAACACUCAACAAAGUUCAGUUCCGGCUUGUUCCGGUCCUGAUUGCAAAACCCAGUCUGUAAAUGCGAUCACAGAGCCCCUAAAUGGGGACUGCUCCGGCGAUUGCGACAAAACAACGUGCCCCUCAUGCAUGAACUUGUGCAGUUCUCGUUGCGCCUCCAAUUUGAAGUGUUCGACGGGCUGUCUUAACCAGUGCAGUUGCGAAAAUCCGGUAGAGCCCGAACCGGAAACUCCGUGUUGUCAUGUUUUGCAUCCCCCAACUUGCUUCAGUGACGAUUACGGCAACAAUCAGUGUUUCAUAAGGAGACAUAAAGAGUGCUCGAACAUGUGCACCUCGCCGGUGGUGUCCAUCCAACCGGGGGGAAACACAAGAGGGUGCCACUACAUUAACAACUACCCCUACGUCUAUUGUGGCAAUUAUGAGCGCCAAGAUUGUGGCUCGUGUUACUCGUGUGAUAGUGGAAACCCGCAACAGUGUUCAAAAUCAAGCGGAUGCAACAACGGGUGCCGAAACACACCCUUUCUUUUAAACUAAAGACAUUUUUUCAAUUUUGUUGUAAUAAAAAUGCGUAGAAAAAACAAUAAACCUAUAGAACGCAAACUACUAUGUGUCGCCUGCGUUGAUUGACAGUAA